AACCGUGCAAACUGUUGGUAGUCGAACGACUGUCGCAGUGCCAACAAGUCGGCGAUGAAGCGGUUUCUUGUUGCCCUACUGGCCGCUCUGCUGGUAGCCGCCGUCCAGGGCGGAAUUCUGGGAAGGAUUUUCCACAAGGAGUCCACCUCCACAACAACUACGACGACCACUGAGGAGCCCCACCGGCCCUUCUUCAUCAACAACAAUAUUCCUGAAAUCCCGAAGGACUGUGUGGCGCAGUUCAAGUGCAAAAAGAAGCUGGCGAAUGUUCCGGCUCCAAAACCGUGUGUGAAAUACUGCCUGCACCGGAUCACGUGUCCCAAUGACCAGAACACCGCUGUCCAGCCCAACCAGUGCGUCGAUCUCGACGAGCAACAGGUCCAGGCUGCCCACGAGGCAAGCACGGAGCCCACGGUCGCCGGCCAAACCACCACCGAGAAGCCCAUGAUGGUGGCCAUGAUCGACUUCCCCUGCCAGCCGGGCUAUCUGCCCGACCAUCGUGGUCGUUGUCGGGAAAUCUGGUGAUUCGACGAUGGCUUCGUGACACGUGUUUACUGCAUAAUUAUACCUGUGGAAUUUUCGUUUUUAUAUACAUGCCUGCUCCCAAUAAUCACAAUAAAACCCAAACGAACGGCUUUUGUCCAAAGAUCGAA